CUUUUUCAAACUACAAAAAUCACCCACAAUGGAUUGAAAAUGAGCUUCAUCAAUUCAAUAAUCUCCAAGACCCUUUUCAUCUUCAUCUCUGUGCUAAUCUUUUCUUCCUGUUAAUGGCGGCUUUGACAGCUACUUUAGGAACCAUCUACAACAAACCAUCUCCUUCUUUCAACACACCCAAAUUCGUAUACAACACCAAACACCGUAGUUCAACCAUUUUCGCGCGAACAUCUUCCAAUGUUACUGAUGAGGCGGCUUCAUCUUCCUCCUCUUCUACAAUUACACAACCGAAACCCUUCCCAGGGAAGCCAGAAGCAGAUGUUGUUGUUAUAGGGAGUGGUCUUGGUGGACUAUGCUGUGCAGGACUUCUAGCUAGAUACGGGAAAGAUGUUAUAGUUCUUGAAAGCCAUGAUCUACCAGGUGGUGCUGCACAUUCGUUUGAAAUUAAAGAUUACAAAUUCGAUUCUGGGCCUUCUCUGUUUUCCGGAUUUCAAUCUAGAGGUCUCCAGGCGAAUCCUCUUGCACAAGUUUUGGAUGCUUUGGGAGAGUCCAUUCCCUGUGUCAAAUAUGACUCAUGGAUGGUUUAUGUACCCGAAGGAGAAUUUCUAUCACGCAUUGGUCCUACAGAAUUUUUCAAGGACUUAGAGACGUAUGCUGGUCCAAAUGCUGUUUUGGAAUGGAGAAAGCUUCUUGAUGCAAUACUUCCAUUAUCUGCAGCUGCCAUGGCUUUGCCACCUCUAUCUAUUCGAGGUGAUUUGGGAGUUGUUUCUACUGCUGGAGUUAGAUAUGCAUAUCCACUCCUAAAAUCAUUUGCAAAAAUGGGACCUCAAGGUGUUCUUGGUGCCACAAAGCUUUUACGCCCUUUUUCGGAAAUUGUUGAUUCAUUGGGACUCAAAGAUCCUUUCAUUAGGAAUUGGGUGGAUCUUUUGUCUUUCUUACUUGCUGGAGUGAAAUCCGAUGGUGUUCUUUCAGCAGAAAUGAUUUACAUGUUUGCAGAAUGGUAUAAACCAGGUUGUAGUUUAGAAUACCCUGUUGGUGGAACUGGAGCACUUGUUGAGGCUCUUGUUAGAGGAUUACAAAAAUUUGGUGGAAGAAUCUCUCUAAGAAGCCAUGUGGAGAAUAUAGUCAUUGAAAAUGGUCGAGCUAUAGGUGUCAAGCUAAGAAGUGGUCAAUUUGUGCGUGCAAAGAAGGCUGUUGUAAGCAAUGCAUCCAUGUGGGACACCAUAAAGUUACUACCUAAAGAAGCAGUUCCAAAAUCAUAUGAAGAAAGGAUUCAAAAUACAAAGCAAUGUGAGUCGUUUAUGCAUCUUCAUUUGGGAUUUGAUGCAGAGGGAAUACGGGAUGAUUUAGGAAUUCAUCAUAUAGUUGUGAAUGAUUGGAAUCGUGGAGUUGAUGCGGAUCAAAAUGUGGUGUUGAUAUCUGUGCCAAGUGUACUAAGUCCGGAUUUAGCCCCUCAAGGAAAGCAUGUUUUACAUGCCUACACCCCGGGAACCGAACCAUUUCAACUUUGGGAAGGUCUUGACCGUAGAAGCAACGAAUACAAGCAACUUAAAGCCGAGCGAUCCGAGGUAAUGUGGAAAGCUGUGGAACGGUCACUUGGUCCAGGUUUUAGUAGGGAUAAAUGUGAGGUGAAGUUAGUUGGAACUCCAUUAACACACCAAAGAUUUCUUAGAAGGAACAGAGGAACAUAUGGGCCAGCAAUAGAAGCUGGGAAAGAGUCUUUCCCUGGACACCCGACUCCGAUUCCGCAGCUUUAUUGCUGCGGGGAUUCCACAUUCCCUGGAAUCGGAGUCCCUGCUGUUGCUGCUAGUGGUGCCAUUGUUGCUAAUUCACUAGUUUCUGUUUCUCAACACUCCCAACUUCUUGAUGCUGUAGGGAUAUAGUAGGACUAAGGUGAGUUAUCUCACUUGGGAUUCUUCUUGAAUGGAAUUGGAAUUGGAGAUUCCACUCCAUGGCGGAAUUGGAAUUUGAAAUUCCAUUCCGUGUCAUGUAUGGAGUUUGACAUUUAUAGCGAACAAAAUGUAUAUCAAAUUCUGUAUAGAAUCAAAUACUGUCACUAUUGAAUUUUAUCCUUCUUUUGGUGUAGUG